AUGCCAACCAAGACACCCAAACCGUUUGUUCACUGCGUCGGCAAUCCCGACUUUGAGCCGGAGAAGGCAGUGGGUGAUCACGACAGGCAUCAAGCUGCUUUGAAGUUGUUGGAGGAGAGGAAUGAUUUUGAAGGGGCGGUGAGGUUGUGGUUUGGUCUGCCGGAGGCGGGGAAGGACGAUUAUGUGUAUCAUGCUUUGGCUAGUGUGACGCUGGGGCAGGUGCAGAGGGGGGUUGAGAUGGGGGCAGAGAAGGGGCUGCAUGGGUGGUACGAGGGGACGAAGGACGGUGAGACACCCCUUCCUCCCCCGUCAACAACGGAUAUAGCCGCCUAUACAAAUCUCUUCACUCCCUCCCUCUCUCCAUCCUCGGCGCUAAAGUCUUUUGUUUCCAACGCGAGGAAAUCUUCCAUCCGAGCCUUGGUAGCGGAGAACUUAUCCUCAAAACGCUACAUUAACCCAGCAUGGCCCUCCCUCCAAAUCCCCAGGGUCAAGAACGUUGCAUCACUGCCAUUAAACCCGUAUCUUGACUUCUGGAGAUGGACCUGUCAAAACCUCGAGUGGUGCGGGCCGGUGGGAGGUCAGGGGUUGAAGAGCCACUGGGUUUUGCCGGUGGUGAUGCACCAUUUUUGCUGUGUGGUUCCCAGUUAUGAGAGUCUUUCCAUCAUCAAAACCCUAGCCGUGGAGGGGGUUAAGAAGAACGGCGAUAGCACAGCUGACGGAAAUGACAAUAUUGGGCCCGAAAAUGGAAAUGGGAACGGGGCUACGAACGGCAAGAAGGAAUCCAAAAAGAAGGCCAAAAAAGAAAAGCCACCACCGCUCAAGAUUUUGGACGUGGGCAGUGGGAGUGGAUAUUGGAGUUUUAUGCUGAGACAGUGUGGGCUGGAGACUGUGGCUGUGGACAAUAUGCAGAGUGAAUGGAGAGUCACCUGGCUCAAAGACACCCACUUGACAACCGGCACAUCCUACCUCCACUCCCUUCCUGAUUCUCAACACAAAUCCCACAUCCUCCUCCUUGUCUACCCCAUCACGGGACCAGACGGCUCUGGUUCUUUUACCAAGGAUCUGAUGAAAGAAUAUCAAGGUGAUGUCGUCGUUGUGGCCGGGACUCAAAACAAGAACGGGUAUACUUCCUUCGGCAGAGGGAAGGGGACGAUGGAUAGUUUCAUGUUGGAAUCGCAAGACCAGAGGGGAAAGUGGGAAAAGGUGGUUCAAGUGCCUCUGCCAAGCUUUGCCGGGAGGGACGAGGGGUUGUUUGUUUAUGUUAGGAAGAGGUAGUAUAAAGUUUGAUACGGUGGGGAGAUGGGAUGAAAUCCGCAGAGGUUAGCUGGGACGAGGUGGAAACAACGCUUUUUACACGCUAGCGUCAAAUACACCUGAUUGAAUAUCUACACACAUUUUCCAA